AUGUGUCGCUCUUCAUGGAGCUGUAAAGGUCAUCGGCAUGUCAAAAUAUCCCAGCAAGCACCCCUUCCCCGAGGCAUCAGGGCAGUGCAGACAUCAGAUGUAGAGGCAGAGAGUUCAGUCGAUGAUGUGAAGCUGCAUGGAGAGCAGAAUGGGACUGCCGAAGGCUAUGGCAUAUCAGUCAGUGACUUGCAGCGCUUUGCAGAGCUGGCCCCCCACGAGGUCUUUGCACCAAAGACAGGAUUUUUCGUGAGUGCCGCUCAUCUGGCCACGCUGCUGCAAACUAGCCUGUCAGCAGGAGUCUCAGGCGGCCGGGCUGAGCUGGCUGCUAGACGACAGGCGCUGGGCUCAAACAGCCUCCCUGAAAGAGACCAGGUGUCUUUUUGGGAGCUCAUAGCCAAUACACUGGAGGACUUUACCAUUGUGGUACUGCUGAUCAGCGGAGUGACCAGCAUCGGCCUGGAGCUUGCAUUUGGGGAAGGGGACAACGGCUGGAUAGAGGGGGCCGCCAUCCUUGCGGCUGUGGCAGUGGUGUCCCUGGUGACAGCUGUCAAUGACUACGAGAAGGAGCAGCAGUUCCGCCAGUUGAGCGCCCUGGUUGAUGAGAGCCACUUGACUGGGGAGAGCGAUGAUGUCCUUAAGCAUGCGGACCUGUCUCCAGUGAUGCUCAGCGGGUCCAAGAUAUUGGAGGGCUACGGACGCAUGCUUGUCACGGGAGUGGGUGAAAAUUCCGCGCAGGGGCGCAUUCUGUCGUCCCUCACUCAGUCGCCACCCGAUGAGGACGGCGGUCUCAGAGAAAGCACAGCAUUGCAGAGGAAGUUGGAAACCAUGGCGCAGCAGAUAGGGAAUUUUGGGCUGGCGGCCGCCAUCUUCAGUCUGACAGCCAUGGCGGGCCAAUUCACGUGGUCCACCUUUUUUGUGGACGGCCAGGCUUGGGACUAUAAGUACCUGUCAGAAUACCUCCGCUUCAUCAUCACUGCAAUCACAAUACUGGUGGUGGCAAUUCCAGAGGGGCUGCCUCUGGCCGUGACCAUAGCGCUGGCGUACUCAGUAAAGCGCAUGCUGGCAGACAACAAUCUCGUGCGUAACCUGGCGGCUGCGGAAACCAUGGGCUGCGCCACAACCAUCUGCACGGACAAAACAGGAACGCUGACGCAGAACAGGAUGGCGGCGGCGCGCAUGUGGGUGGCCGGGCGGGACUAUGGUGACUUGACGCGGCUGCUGUCCCCAAGCGUGGACAUGACGUAUGCGGGCGAGGAUGACAGCAGCCCCCUGGGCCUUGACACGCGCGUCCUUUCUCUGCUCACCUCCGGCAUCGCCCUCAACUCCACCGCCGAGCUGCGCCCCGGCGAUGAUGGGCAGGUGAGCCUGGUGGGCGACAGGACGGAGUGUGGGCUGCUGCAGCUGGCAUCCUCGCUGGGCGCUGACUACCACCUGGCACGAGAGGAGGGCCAGGUCCUGCGCGCGUUCCCUUUCUCCUCCGAGCGCAAGCGCAUGUCCACCCUCACCACCCAGCCGGGCGCCAGCACGUCUGGGGCCCUGUGCGCGCGGCUAUUCACAAAGGGCGCGGCGGAGAUCUUGUUGGACCACUGCAGCACGCGCGUAGCUGAGGACUCCUCUGUCACUUACCUCAACGACGCAGAGAAGCAGCAAAUCCUCCAAAGCUUCGCCAAGGAAGGGUCCCUACGGUUGCUGGCGCUGGCGUACAAGGAUGUGAUGAUGCCGUACCCAUCUCGGGGCGAGUCACUGGACGGCCUGCAGGCGGAGAGCUUGGAGCAGGGGCUGACGCUGGUGGCUGUGGUGGGCCUGGAGGACCCCCUGCGAGUGGAGGUCAAGCACGCCAUCGCGCAGUGCCAGAGAGCCGGCAUCACCGUGCGCAUGCUCACAGGUGACAACUCCACAACGGCGGCCUCCAUAGCGCAGCAGUGUGGCAUCCUGGACAGGGGCGUGCCCGUGCCGGUCAUAGCAAGCAUGCCAGUCAGCACAUCUGGGCAGCAAGAUGGCAAAAUGCAGGAUGUCCUCGUGCAGACGCCAGAUGCUGACGACAGGAUUGCUGCCAGCGUGAGCAGAGAAGCCACCAGCAACGGAGCUGGGCCCAGCAGCUCAGCCCCUGAAAGAGUAGGGAGCAGAGGGGAUGAGGGGCCGUCCUCAGAUGCAUCGGAUGCAGUUCUGACCGGGCCGGAGUUCCGCCAGCGCGUGUUGCGGCCAGACGGCUCGAUAGAUCGGCGGGAGUUUGAUGCGCUGUGGCCGGCCCUGCGCGUCAUGGGUCGCUGCUCGCCGCAGGACAAAUACACCAUCGUGCGAGCGCUGCAGGGGGAUCCGGAUGAGGUGGUGGCCAUGACGGGGGACGGCACGAACGAUGCGCCGGCGCUGAAACUGGCGGACGUGGGAUUCGCGAUGGCCAGCGGCACGAGCAUUGCCAAGGAGGCCUCGGACAUCCUGCUGCUGGACGACAACUUCAACUCCAUCGUGAACGCUGUGAAAUGGGGCCGCAACGUUUAUGCCGGCAUCACCAAGUUCCUGCAGUUCCAGCUUGUGGUGAAUGUUGUGGCGGUGGUCACGGCUGGCGCGGGGGCGGUCUUCCUGCAGGAAUCCCCCCUUACAGCCGUGCAAAUGCUGUGGGUGAACCUGAUCAUGGACAGCCUCGCAUCGCUGGCGUUGGCAACUGAGGCCCCCACAGAUGCCAUGCUGGACCUGCCCCCCUACUCACCCUCGAAACCCCUGCUCACACCCUCCAUCCUGAAGUCGAUAGUGGGCCAGAGCUCGUUCCAGCUGGUGGUCAUGUACCUGGCAGUGUUCCAUGCGGAUGCUCUCUUCGGCGUGCCCAAUACUGGCCUGGCAGACGGCCCCUCACUCCACUACACCCUCGUCUUCAAUGUCUUUGUCAUGAUGCAGCUCUUCAACCAGGUGAACGCUCGCAAGAUCUAUGAUGAGGCGGAUGUGCUGGGAGGGAUUCUGGAUAAUAAGCUCUUUCUGGGCAUCCUUGGCGCGGAAGCUGCCCUUCAGGUGGUCAUAGUGCAGUUCGGCGGCGAUGUCUUCUCCACGCGGCCCUUGUCGCCCGCGCAGUGGGCAGCAUGCACCGGCAUCGGUGCCCUGUCGCUGCUCGUGCGCGCUGGACUUCGGCUGCUGCCCCCUCACCCGGAGGUCCAGGAUGCACAGCAGAGCGACAGAUGA